AUGAAUUCUAUAGGUCAAACUAUACAACUACCUAAUUAUUCUUGUAGUGAAAAUAAUGUUUCGAUUCAGUUUAUAUUAUCUUCAUCAUCUCAUUCAGCUUCGAAUCCAACAUCAAAUUGUUCUUUACAACAAUGUAAUACAAGCUUGAAUGGUAACAAUAAUUGUCUUUCAUCAUCAACACCUUGUUUUGAUUAUCGAACAAUAAAUAAUAUUAGUUAUUGUGCACCUGCUAUUUUAUGUUUAAUAUUAGAAAGAUGUGAUAAUAUUACACAAACAUGUUCAUCAAAUAAUUCUAUAUGUGUUAUUAAUUCAUGUUGUUCAUUACAACCAGUAUGUUUACCAUUCUUAGCAACGCAAAUAUGUGAAAGAGAUACUUGGACAACUACUGGUAGCAUGACUAAUGCACGAGAGUAUCACAAAGCAUCUGUAUUAUCAAAUGGAAAAGUAUUAGUUACUGGUGGUUGGAAUGGUAGUGAUGCUAUAAAUAAUGCAGAAUUAUAUUAA